AUGGACUUGAAGAUUCAACUAGUCCUUUUUGCAUCUCACUUUUACUUCAGUGUAGGCUUCCCUAUCCAGGUGAACACUGAACAAAGCUAUGAAGGCAGCAAGACCCGUUUAUAUGAAGGUGACAUUACCCCCAAAAGACAUCGCAAUGCCAUUGUCUGUCCAUUUAACUGGUGCUUUUGGCCCAAGUCAUCUAAUGGACUCGUCGUCAUCCCCUAUGUCAUCUCUUCUUCCUACACUCAUGAAGAGAAAGCUCUGAUUGUUGGUGGCAUCCAAGAGUAUGAGACCUUGACUUGUAUUCACUUUGUAGACCGCACAACGGAAACUGACUAUAUAUAUAUUUCUCCGAAGGAUGGCUGCUGGUCUUACUUUGGAAAGGUUGGAGGUUCCCAGGUGGUAUCAGUGUGCAAAGGGGAUUGUAUGAGAAAAGGAAUCAUUCAGCAUGAACUAAACCAUGCACUAGGGAUGCUGCAUGAACAGAACAGGAAUGACAGGGACAAAUAUGUAGUGACAUGGCAGUACAUUAGUCCAGGUGAUUUUUAUCACUUUAAGCCAACCAGAGCUAAUAACCUGGGCCUGAAGUAUGACUAUUCCUCCGUGAUGCACUAUCACAGGUUUGCUUUCUCCAAUACAUCUGGAAAGGCAACCAUUACUCCAUUCCCUGAUAGCACAGUGCCCAUUGGACAGAGGUUUGGACUGAGUAACCUAGAUGUGGCCAAAAUCAAUAAGUUAUAUGAAUGUGGGAUCCAUAGCACUUUACUCUCUAAUUUGACUGGAAGUUUUUCCUCUACUAUCUACCAGUCAUCAUACCCCAGAAAUACCAACUCUGUAUGGCUGAUUCGUAUCCCAGCAAAUAAAAUUUUCCUGCAGUUUAAUUCCUUAUAUAUCCAGUCCUCCUCAGACUGUGCUUCCAACCACAUUCUGGUUUAUGACGGAGGCAGCAGGAAAGACACUGUCUUUCUGAACAAAUUGUGUCAACCAACGCAGCUCCCCUCAGUAGUAUCUUCUGGGAACAUGAUGCUUGUGGAGUUGGUCAGUGAUGGCACCACAUUGCCCAAAUUUAAGGCUUCUUACAGUUCUGUGCAAUGUGGCAAGACUUUUACUGCCAUGAAUGGGAAAUUUGAGUCUCCACUGUAUCCUUCUCACUAUCCUCCGCUAACAGACUGUGCCUGGAUAAUGAUAGCACCAGAAGGAUCCAAGGUGAGCUGAGGUUACCUGCUGUAGGGCUGCCCUGGAGAUAGAAGCAAUGGCAAAUCAAAUGGAUUCUGGUCACUGUGGAAUAUCCAGCAGCUGUUUGGAAU